AUGUUGGAGAGUCUAAAGGUGAAAACAGAGUUGACAAACAUGAGCUACAUUGAGUUUCUCUUUGGUGUACUCCGCAAAUCAUUUUGCCGAGAAUCAGUCUCUUUAGAUCUUGGAACAAUUAUAUUUAAGCUGAAGGUAAUCCCACAAAUGAAAGACUUGGAAUGUUUAAGUUUGGAUGCUUGGAAACAUGACUGCAUUAAGGAGCACUUAACUGAAUUGAUUUCAUUGACUCGAGAAGUAUCCACACCAGCAGUUUGUAACAACUCUAAGACAAUUUCAGGCAUUCUGAACCUACCGAAGGCCUCCGCAGAUGUCAAAAUUGUCUUCGAGGACAACACAAGGGGAUCUUUUGCUUCUGGUUUUGACUUUGGAUUGUCAUGA